AAUAAAUUGAGAACUCGCGAAAACAUUAAUCGCUUCAAUGGAGCGAUUUCAUUCGCAGCUUAUGAUUGGUUCUUUAUUAGACAAUAACUUAGCCCUCAUUGGCUCUCUGGUAAUCUUCACGUGAACUCUGACUGAUGUUUGCUGGCAAGGAGGCUAAUUUUAGCAUGCCCAACUUCUCUUUCUUUUGCUCGUUAAAACUGCCCCCUGAUUAAGUUCUCCUUGGUUUUGCUUUUAUUUUUCUUUAAAUAGGCCAAUAAAAGAAUUCGUAACAGUAUGAGACAACCUGCAUUGAAGUGAAGUGUACUGGAAUGAACACAUGACCGGCGAACCCUGCAGUGAUUACGUAAUUAUGCAGAUGCUGUGCACGAUAGACAACUGACAAAAGACUUCAUACUUAAUGCAAAAACCUAUUAUAAAUCCGGCGUACGUUCAAAAGUAUAGCUCAUUUCGGGGCAGCCUUCUUCCAAGUCGGUCGUAUCUUUAUUUGACUGAUAUAGCAGCUUCCUUGUUAAGGCAGAGUGCUAAUUUAGGCCCAAGAGUGAAAAACUAUGAGCGGAGAAGUUGCAGUCAGUUUGCCUGUCCAGAACGGGAGUUACCGUCAGAGACCUCCUCAUUCUCCAACUAUCAGCCCUGCGCGAGACCAUAACCAGGCCUCAAAUAAUGAAAACGCGUCUGGCGAAGCACCUCGACGAGGGCGAAGGACUCCCGCGCAAUGGUUCAAGAAAUAUUUUUGGGAAGGACAGACUGUGACUGAAACCCAAAUUAAGGCUCUCGAGGAACUAGAACCUGAUGCACCAUGGCACAGGAAGCUUAUGGUGAAGUACCGUCUUUUCGUUGGUAUUGCCAUAGCGUCAGGGCUCUGUCACAUUGUUUGGUGGACUUGCGCCAUUAAGUACAACUGGUUUGCUCUCUUUCCUGACUUAUACUACAUGACCUUGACAAUGGUUCUUGGCGGUACUGUUGCAGGAAUGACCAGCGAAGGUGGAGGUGCAGUUGCUUUUCCCGUAUUGACCCUUGCUUUUGAUGUGUCACCAUCAGUGGCACGCGAUGUGGCACUUAUGGUGCAGUCCUGCGGUAUGUCAGCAGCAACUUUUGUCAUCUUCUGGAUGCGGGUGCAGAUAGAGAUGCACUCUAUAGUAUUUUGUUUCGCCGGAGGUGUCCUCGGAGUCAUACUUGGGCUGGAGUUUGUGGAUCCGUACGUCAGUGCAAAGGUAAAGAAAAUGAUUUUCGUCUGCGUGUGGUUCUCAUUUGCCUUCGCCCUCUUUCUUCUCAAUCGCUACCACAAGCGCAAGACUUACAAGACCAUCCCUAACAUCAAGCCUUGGAAGAUAUUCGUUCUCCUGAUGUGUGGAUUUAUCGGUGGCCUCUUUACUGCCGUUGUCGGGGGCGGAGUGGACAUCUGCAGCUUCAGCGUCUUGACGCUCCUGUUCCGUGUCACUGAGAAGACGGCCACGCCAACAUCAGUUGUCAUGAUGGCAUGGACUUCUCUGGUGGGCCUGUUCUGGCGCCGGGUCAUCCAAGAAUCUGUCACUCUUCAAGCCUGGAACUACAUCAUUGUGACUGCUCCAGUUGUGAUGUUCAUGGCUCCUUUAGGCUCCAUCCUUGGAACUCACUUCCAUCGCCAAGUUCUUGCUGCCUUAAUCUACAUCUUGGACACAAUCUCUCUUCUCACCGCCUUCGUUAUCGUCCCACUCAGCCCAGCACUAAUUGGGAUGUCCGUGGGCAUAUUAAUCUUUGGAUUCGCCUUCUUCGGCUUGAUCGCCUAUGCUGGCCAGAGAAUGAUGGAAAAUAUUGAACGGAACAAUGCAGAGCUGGCACAUGUGGAGGUUAAUGGAACGAAAGAAAUGGAAGCUGCUAAUGAAGGCUUUUCCAACAUAGGAUAUAAAGCUGACACUACUGCUUUGUAGAAAAAUGAAUUGAUCAGGCACAGACUAGCAAAAACACUCGCGCUAUAAAGUGAGAAAGCGUAUCUUCUGUAACAUUUUAAAGUAAACAUUGCAAUAUGUAACCUACGUUAAGCGUUAUAGGAACGCACUCCAGAUAGUAAACUGUCUGUAAGUUCUUGACUAAUCUAAGCGUAGCACCAAACACAGCUAUAAUUUUUAAUACAGAGAUCUCACUCCGGCGGAAUCUCACAAUUUACCAGACCUACAAUUGUUGGGUAUAUCUAACUAUUUAAUAACACCUGGAAGUUUUCUUUGUAACUUAACUUUGUUGUAAAGAACUCGGGAUUCAUCAUGUUAAGGGGCUGGCCAGUCCCCUCCAGUUGUAGAGGCGCAUUUUGUAAGUAAUUGUGAAAUUUCAUGUCGAUUUUAAACUGAUUUCCACUGCUUUUCAGUAUGUUUUAAAUCAUUCGUUACAUUAGAAUCUUAUUUUUGUUUGGUUUUUGGUGGUACAAAACGUCUCUGUUGAAGGUCUUAAUUAGGAGAACGAGAUAUCGAGGUGCUAUGAUGGAAUCAAGUUUCCAACAAAGUAGUUUUUUUUUCUCUGCUGUGUAUAAUUUUCCAAUUCCUUACUGAUUAUUGAUGUGAGUCUAUUUAGAACUUUUGCUAACUAACAAUAGAGCGGUUUUCGAAAUAAAUUUCAAAUUCGCUUUGA